UGCUGUUUCUCUGCUUAUCCUGUUACCUCACAGGAUGUGCAUGCAACCUCACGAAGAGCCGGACUGGUUUCCAAAGUCUGAAUAGACCGCAUCCCCCCGGUCGUAGGGAUUGCGACCUCUACAAAGAACCGCCUCCGCGCCGACUCCAACUCAUCGGCAUUUCCCAUAGCGCCAGAAACACCACCGUAUGUCCGCAAGCCAUUCAUCGAACGAGCUGAAGAUAACAAAGGUCACCGACAACUACUACGACGAGAUCCUGGAACUGAGCGGGUCUGAACUGGACGAGUUCCCGACGCCGACGGAGGAGCGGUCGGUGGAAGUUACGGCCGAGGUGGAAGGAGGAGAAUCUAUGGCGCCAGCAGGACGAGGCGACACGCCGCCCUCGGCGGGUCUGUCUGAUUCAGACGAGGACUACGACGACGACAAUCUCGAGGACGAGGAUGACGACCAGCAGUUGCAGCAGCCACACACCCAGCUGCAGCAACAAAAGCAACGGUCUGGGAUAAGCUUCAACGAUGAUGAUGAAGACGAUGAGGACGAUGAGGACAACCCCAUGCCGACACACCCACCUACGCGUCCCUCCGCCGCACCCGCGGGUCGGGGAACGCUGAGCAAUGCGCCGAUGUCGACGUCGUUGGGGUCGGGCGGGUUGCUGAACGAUAAUGAUGACCGUGAUUCGGAUGGCAGUUUUGCAAGGAUGGAUGUGGGGCGGGAUGGGGAGUUUGAGGAUGACGGUGAUGGUCAUGAGGGGAGCGGGAAGAGGGGUGGGUUUGGGGGGCUGUUGAGGACGGGCGAGUCAUCGUACAAAGACCUGUCGAUGAGCGAGGAGCUUGCUGACCUGUUCCAGUACAUUGGACGGUAUAAGCCGACUGAGAUGGAGCUCGAGACGGAGCUGAAGCCGUUUUACCCGGAUUAUGUGCCUGCGAUUGGGGAUAUUGAUGCGUUCAUCAAGAUCCCACGGCCCGACGGCCACCCCACUCCCCUCGGCCUCUCCGUCCUCGACGAGCCCAGCAUCCCGCAAUCCGAUCCGACAGUCCUCGAUCUGCAGCUCCGGUCCCUCAGCAAAUCCACUACAUCAUCCCUCACACCGCUGACCGUACAUUCCCUCCCGCACCACGACGUCGUGAACACGCCACGGCUCAUCGACGGCUGGAUCCGCAACAUUAAAGAGUUGCAUGCGGGGCGAGACGCGGCGGUUGCGGCGGCGGGCGGCGUGCCGGGGGGGGUGAAGUACUCGAAACGAAUGCCUGAUGUGGAGGAGUUGAUGCAGGUGUGGCCGCCGGAGGUCGAGGAGGGGUUAGCUGAGCUCACACUCCCGCCAGCAACCCUCGACCUCCCUCUCGCUACAUACGCCCAGCUGCUUGCACUCAUACUCGACAUCCCCGUUGCGUCCCCAACGCCGAUAUCACAAGCCCAACAACAAGCAGCAAAGAAACAGCCAUCGAAAACACAGACGAUUGAGGCGCUGCAUGUGAUGUUCUCGCUCUAUGCGGAGUUUAGCCAUUCGGCGCACUUUAAGAAUGUGGAGGUUGAUGCGGGUGGUGGUGGUGCAAGUGUGGGUGGGACGGGGGGAAUGGUUAAGUGAGGCGACGGGCGGUUAUACCCCCUGCCUGUUCAUACGUCCGCCCCCCCGUGAUACGUACAUAUCAGACGAUUUGAUGAGAAUGAAGGUUACUUGGCCCUCCCUUGGCCGUCCUGCCGAAAAAGUCUACAGAGUCUAGAUCUACGCCUGCGUUUGUGUUGCAGCCGUCCGACGCCAGUGUGACGC